UCUCGCCUUUACUUCUCUCGAAUCCAAUUAAUCAAAUCAAAAAACAAGCACAAAUUCAAAGCGAAGGCACCGUACGAAACUGUAAAAUUCGCCACCGGAGAGAGAGAAAUGAAGAUCACGGCGUUGCUGGUGUUGAAAUGCGUCCCUGAGGGAGCCGAUCCGGUAUUCAUAGCGACCGCAUCUGACGUCAGCCAUUUCGGCUACUUUCAACGCUCCAGCGUCAAGGAGUUCAUCCUCUUCGUCGGUCGCACCGUCGCCAAACGCACUCCGCCGUCGCAACGUCAGUCGGUUCAACACGAAGAGUACAAGGUGCAUGCUUAUAAUAAAAAUGGGCUAUGCGCGGUAGGAUUUAUGGAUGAUCACUAUCCAGUUCGGAGUGCAUUUUCAGUUCUGAAUCAGGUGGUAGAAGAGUAUCAGAAAAAUUUUGGUGAUUCAUGGAAGACUGUACAGGCCGACAGCUCUCAACCAUGGCCCUAUCUGAAUGAAGCUUUGACCAAAUUUCAGGACCCUGCAGAGGCUGAUAAGUUGUUGAAAAUUCAAAGGGAAUUGGAUGAAACCAAGAUUAUCCUUCAUAAAACUAUCGAUAGUGUGCUUGCACGGGGUGAGAAGCUGGACAGUUUAGUUGAAAAGAGUUCAGAUCUUAGUGCAGCAUCGCAGAUGUUCUACAAGCAGGCGAAGAAAACAAAUCAAUGUUGUAGCAUACUGUAAGGGCAUCGAGGCAAGGCACGUUUAUCCUGUAAUGGCCAUAUUCACUUGUUAUACUUGUUGAAGGUGAUGGAUGACAAAAAGGGUGAUUAUAAUAUAUGUUUAUAUCAUUUAUCAAUUGUUUGCUUGGAAGAUUUGUGGUCUUUCAUCUUCUGGGUGUUUGUGUUCUUGAUGAUCAGAAAAAGAAGAAAACAAAGGUUAUCGCCAAAAAUCUUUUAUAUUUUAGUACUUAUACACUUCUCGUUCUCAAAUGUAGCUUGUGUAUGUGAUUC